GGAAGAAUAAUUGUCGAUAAUUUUCAUUUCAGCAAGUCGUCGCAUUCUUCCGCUGGUGGGAUCAAUCAAUCAAGCAGAGAGCUCUCCACUGAUAGAAAUGGCUGCGCUCCACGGCAAAUGGGUCAAGCUCGAACAGGAAGGCAAAGGGCCAGGCGCACGUAGCUCCCACGCCGUCGCCCUAGUCGGCGACAAGGCCUACGCGUUCGGCGGCGAGUUCGCACCACGCGUCCCCGUGGACAAUCAGAUCUACGCCUUCGAUCUCAAAACCCUCACCUGGUCGGCUCCCGAAACCACCGGCGACGUGCCCCCGCCGCGAGUCGGGGUCACGAUGGCCGCCGUCGGCAAGACGAUCUACGUCUUCGGCGGCAGGGACACCGAGCACAACGAGCUGAACGAGCUCUACGCCUUCGACACGGAAACCAACCAGUGGACCUUGCUCUCGACUGGAGACGCCGGGCCGGCCAACCGGAGCUACCACUCCACCGCGGCCGACGACCGCCACGUGUACGUCUUCGGCGGGUGCGGCGUCGACGGCCGGCUGAACGAUCUGUGGGGUUACGACGUGGUGGAGAAGAAGUGGGUCGGGUACCCGAGCCCGGGAGAGGGAUGCAAGGGGCGAGGCGGGCCUGGGCUCGCCGUGGCCCAAUGUAGGAUUUGGGUCGUGUAUGGGUUUGCAGGGAUGGAAGUGGACGACGUGCAUUGCUACGAUCCGGCCCAGAAGAAAUGGGCCCAUGUGGAUACCGCGGGAGAAAAGCCCACUGCGAGGAGUGUGUUCUCCACUCUUGGGAUUGGGAAGUACAUUGUCAUCUAUGGAGGGGAAGUUGAUCCUAGCGACUUGGGGCAUAUGGGCGCCGGGAUGUUCGCCGGAGAUGCUUACGCAUUGGACACCGAGACGUUGUCGUGGAAGCGGCUGGACGAUGGCGGCGGUAGCGAGAGCCAUCCGGGUCCGCGGGGAUGGUGCGCUUUCGCCGGCGGGGAGAUGAAUGGAGAGAAAGGGUUGUUGGUGUACGGUGGGAAUUCGCCUAGCAAUGAUAGGCUUGGUGACAUGUACUUCUUCACUCCUUCCUCGGAGUUCGUGUUGAAUCUGCUACUUCUUCGCUUCUGUCGAUUACGAAUCAUCAUGGCGCGAGUUGAGUUUUCUUUGCAGACCAUUAAACCCUGCUCUGCAAAUUCAAAUCCUCUUCACGGUCACUUCGUCAUCGACGACGAGAGGUAUUGGGAAGAAACGAUGAGCAGUUGGAGAACCCUUCUUCUACGAAUCGGCAACAAGUGCCCGGAGUACGGCGGCAGCGCCGACGUCAAAGAACACAUUUUCCUUAUCGAAUGUGCCGAAGGUUUGCCUCACAAGAUUCCGCUGCUUGGAACUGUGAUUGGCUUGUUGAACCUGGAAAAUGAGGACUUCGUAAAGGGAAUAGUCAAGACUACUCAGACUCGUUUUCAGGAGGCAUUGGAUUCUGGCAAUUGCGACAGGAUUCGUGUUCUGAUGCGAUUUCUAACUGCUCUGAUGUGUAGUAAAGUUCUCCAGCCUGCUUCCCUUGCGGUUGUUUUUGAAACAUUGCUGUCUUCUGCUGCCACCACAGUUGAUGAAGAGAAGGGAAAUCCUUCAUGGCAAGCUCGUGGUGACUUCUUUGUAACUUGCAUAUUAUCUUGCCUUCCAUGGGGUGGAUCAGAACUUGCUGAGCAAGUUCCUGAGGAGAUGGAGAGAGUUAUGGUUGGCGUAGAGGCAUAUUUGAGCAUUAGAAGUCAUAAUGCAGACACUGGCUUAUCCUUUUUUGAGGAGGAUGAUGAUUUAAGCGCAGGUGAAAAGGACUUCUUGGAGGAUUUGUGGGAUCGAAUAAAGUUCCUAUCUAGUAAUGGAUGGAAAGCUGACAGUGUUCCCAGACCUCACCUUGCAUUUGAAGCUCAAUUGGUUGGUGGAAAGGCUCAUGAGUUUGGGCCCAUAAAUGCACCGGAGCAACCUGAACUGUUGUCACAACUUUCUGGGGUAACCUAUGGCAGAGAGAAGCACAAUGCAGAAUUAAGUCGAAAGGAAUGUGCGUCCAACAUGGUUGGCCUGCCCGUGCCCUUCCGAUAUGAGUAUCUUAUGGCAGAGACUCUUUUUGCGCAGUUACUCUUGCUUCCACAACCUCCAUUCAGACCAUUGUAUUACACAUUGGUUAUCAUGGACCUCUGUAAGGCUCUGCCUGGGGCAUUUCCUGCCGUUGUAGCUGGAGCUGUCCGUGCUCUUUUCGAGAAGAUUGCUGAUUUAGAUAUGGAGUGCCGCAAUCGACUCAUCCUCUGGUUUUCCCACCAUUUGUCAAACUUCCAGUUCAUCUGGCCAUGGGAAGAAUGGGCAUAUGUUCUUGACCUUCCUAAAUGGGCGCCCCAGCGCGUGUUUGUCCAGGAGGUUUUGGAGAGAGAAGUGCGUCUCUCUUACUGGGAAAAGAUUAAGCAGAGCAUUGAGAACACACCUGCUUUAGAAGAGUUGCUUCCGCCCAAAGGCAGUCCCAACUUCAAGUAUAGUGUCGAAGAUGGAAGAGAGAAAACAGAAUAUCAUGCAAUCUCCGCUGAACUCAGCAACAAGGUGAAGGGGAGGGCAACUGCCCGAGAAGUAAUCACGUGGAUCGAGGAAACGGUUUUACCCGCCCAUGGCUUUGAGUCGACACUCUCAGUGAUUGUACAAACUCUUCUUGACAUUGGUUCUAAGAGCUUCACACACUUGAUUACUGUUCUGGAGAGGUAUGGCCAAGUCAUCACGCGACUCUGUCCAGACCUCGACAACCAGAUCUUGCUGAUUGCUGAAAUUCUGGGGAAUGCAAUUGGCAAGACUUAUAACCGUAUGUCAGAUUUGAGGAAGGAGGUGGUGUCUCUCAAGAAGAAUGUUCUAGUUGCUGAGGAGGCUGCAGCCAGGGCAAAAGCAGAGUUAGAUGCCGCUGAGUCUAAGCUUACUUUGAUGAAUGGAGAGCCUGUUAUGGGUGAUAACCCUGUGAAGAUGACGCGGUUGAAAUCACAUGCUGACAAAGCCAAAGAAGAGGAAGAAUCUGUGCGGGACUCUUUGGACGCUAAGGAGGCUCUGCUUGCACGAGCCACAGUUGAAAACGAGGAAUUGUUCCUUGCUCUGUACAAAAACUUCUCCAAUGUGUUGAAAGAGAGGCUGCCUGAUGCAUCCAAAGCUCAAACAUUACGAGACUUGAAGUCAACUCAAGUCGACGAGAUGGCUGUUGAUACUGAUCAGCCAUCAACCAUGGAAGUAGAUGAUGAGAAUGGGGGAACUAAGAAAAACCAGUCGAAUGGUGAGAGCUGUAGCAGCAAUGUCUACAACAUAGGUGAAAAGGAGCAGUGGUGUUUGUCAACUCUAGGCUACAUCAAGUCCUUCUCCAGGCAAUACGCCUCCGAGGUUUGGUCGCACAUUGAGAAGUUAGACGCUGAGGUUCUAACCCAAGAUGUCCACCCUCUUUUCCGAAGAGCAGUAUAUUCCGGUUUGCGGCGACCCAUAAACGAGCUUGCAUCUGAAUGAGCUGGAAUGGAUCUCUUUGUUGUAAUCCUUAUACGGUACCAAAACGGUAGAAAAAUAUGUCGAUAGUUUGAGUUUGUCAAGGAGCCUUGAAUUCGAGCUUUUGAGCUUAUCGGCUGUUUGCACCUUAAUUUAUAAACCUGCAUUUUGCGUUUCUUUUGUUGGUAAAAUGGGUGCAAGUACCAUUACCUUUUAAGUGUUCAUCGUGCAGAUAAAAAAGCUACCAACAUCGGUCGGUAAACAAUUUACCGUUUACCGAAUUUACCGGUUUCGGUAUACCGAAGUUG